AUGUCCGCCCUCACAGCCGCACUCGCUGCCUUUGCCGCCACCGUCAACGACCACCGCGACGACGACAACUCCCUCUCCGUCGCUGGCCCUUCCACCGCCCGCCCACUCAUCACCCCAGUCGAGUCUGAUCCGCCAUGCUCAGCAUCACCCACCUCGCCCCCUUCGCUCACACAUAGCGGCGUCUCCUCUUCUUCCUCAAGUCUUUACGACGUCCCCGCAAUCUCGGCCCAGUUGGCUGGAGAGAGGCCCAAUGAGCACCUGGCAGUGUUGUUGCCCAAGGCAAUGUGGAAGCCGGACAACUUGGCAAGCGUCUGCGACAAUCUUUAUUGCCGCGUCAGCUUUGGUCUCUUUGAACGUAGACAUCACUGUCGCAAGUGCGGUGGCGUAUUUUGUGCAGCCUGCACGUCUCGCAACACUCCCCUGCUUGACACCUCAAACCUCGAAUUCACGCAUCCCCCACGAAAUAUUCCUAUCACCGCUUUCGACUCUCCAACCUCUCCUGUUCUCAAUUCACGAGUUUGUGACGACUGCUAUGACCAGAUUCAUGGUCUCCGAACCACUCCCCAUACUCCCUCAAGACCUCAUAUGAAACGUGCCCUUUCUCAUCCUAUCUCCAUGCUCAAGAUGCCUCUCACCGCUCUCCGCACUGGAAGCGAGUCUUCUCUUUCCAGCAGAGCAUCUUCUCCUGUCCACCUCGAUGCCCCUUCACGAACACCAAGAUCUCUCCGCAACUCUCCCAGUAUCUCUUCUCUUAAUUCUUCCUCCUCCAGUGCCUCCUCCCAACAACGCACGGGCAUCCUCCGCACUGGUCACCUCCCUCUCCCUGCUGACCUCGAACGGUCCUAUGGCGAACUCGACGCCUAUCCUCUCAAACGCUCCAGCGUGCUCUGCAAGGCUACCGGCGGUGGACGUUGGGAACCCAAGCAGAGCCCUGUUCUCGACGGGUACCGCCCGCCAGUCCCUGGUGCCAAGGCACCAUACGAGAUCGAGAUGGAACGUGAGGAGCAGGAGGAGCGCAGACGGCGGGAGAACCCCAUCGUCACUGACGGUGAAUUCCGCUACCGCUUCAUCCGCCGGCAUCCCUCUAUGACACCUACGCCGACACCUGAGUGCUCCAACCCAUUCUCGCUCUCGACAUUCUAAUCCACGACAGUCCCCAAAAGUACUCAUGCCUCGUACCGCCUUAUACCACCUGCGAAACGACCCCUAC